UAGUGUGGUGCCUGCUGUGAUCAUAGACAGUAUAAAAUGGUUGUGAUGCUUGUUGAUUGUGAUGGCCGAAUGUCUGGGUCUAAUCAUUUGAAACUGCAGCUUUUGUGGAGUGUGCCCAGUCUGCAGUGAACCGGAAGUUGUAGAACUGUGCUAGUUAGCAUGACAGUGGUGGCUACAGAGGUCUACGAGGACCGUCCCUCCCAGGAAGACACCAACCAACACCGCCUCCUACUCCUCCUGCCUCGUCGUUUGAGGGCCGUCCGGGGGAGAACGGUCCACGGUCUUCAUCUUGUAUUGGAUACCGCCUCAUCACUCAAUUUUAUUCAGCGAGCGGGUUAGAAGGUUUCCUCCUCUCCAUCCUCUGUAAAACAGUGGAGGAAAACCCUACACACUUCUGCUCAGCCAACGUGACUGCAUGCCACGAGCAAGGAGGACUGCUCCAUGCCUGAAAUAAGCAGCAGGAGCACGCGAGCGAGGCUGUGAAUGACCGGCUGAUAAAGAUCAACGCUUUUGGGGGGGAUUUCAACCAGAAACACAGCCAGCGCUGCAAGGUUGCCAAGUUGCCUCUGUCAGUAAACUUGCUGUCCCUUGUUGGAAUCACCGUCAACAGAGUGGGAGUGUUUCUCCUCGCACCAGGAAGCCAGUCCUCAGGCCAGACAUGGCCGUCAGCCCCCUGAACGACACACAAACACUCACACACUUUCGGUCAUAAAGUAAAACACUACUGGAAGCAUCUGUUUGUGCCUUAGAAACACACACACACUCAGACACAUGUGACAAAGAGUAGGUUGUAAAUGCAGCAGUAUAAUGUGAGUUGGUGAGUGUGUGUGCAGGUGACUAAGCAGGUGUUUUAUGGGGCAUCAGAUGAACAUGUGCAUUGCAGACAGCUGGCAUUAAGUGGGCGCUGCAGGGGUCUUACCCUCGGAUUACAGUUUAGGAGAUUAGAGCUAAGCAGCAGUCACCUCCAGCUCACCAGCCUCAUGAAACUUCCGCUGCAAGCCAAUAGGGCAUUCCGAAAUAAACACACGCACACACUCUGCAGCACAGCUGUAGAACACAAUUAAAUUAGUGCAACUAGCAGACGGUGUGCAACCCAAGCUUAACAACAUACACACAUUAAAUCACAGGCAGAAACAAACACACACACACACGUACACACAUGCAGUGUGGGCUGCAGGACAGACACUGCCCCCACCCUUCUUGCAGUCGUCCUCCCAAAGCCAGCUGGAAAGAAGAUGAGAUUUGGGGCUGAUUGGUUUUGUCUUUUUUCCCAUCACAUCCUCUGGGCACCGCUGCAUCCACCACUGUCGCCUUUUCCUUAGCGCACUGUCAACUCCGGAUAAAGCGACGUAAUAAAUACAUUUUCCAUCAGAUGCAGGCCGGACAAUCCGCUUGUGAUGCUUUGAUUACAUCUCUCUGAGUUAUUUUUACUUUGAUCUUCCUGUUUUUCUAUUUUAUGACUUUAUGGCCACAGCGCUAGGAGGGGAAAGGACUUCUUCUUCAGUGAACAUUAUAUCACUCCGAUUUGGCAGAAUCCUUCAGCUGCAAAUCGGAUGUGAAGAAGGUGUUAGCAGCACAUGAACAGAACAGAAGCAUCAUCAUUUGGCUGCUCAGCUAACGAGUUAAAUUCUGUCGUUUCAUGAAGAUUUUGAAAAAUCAGCAUCAAAACUUCCAACUUUUUUGUUUCAGUCCCAACUUUUUGAACAGUUUCAGUCAUUGUGUGGAGAGGAAAAAGAGAAGGCUGAGGGGAACCUCAAGGGGAAGGUAAAAGAGAAGAAAAAUCUGUUGAUACUGAGAAACACCCACGUAUUGGUGGAAUCAAGCAGAGACUGACCAAAGAGAGUCAGUAAACAGGUAUAUUUCUGCUCCAGUUUGGCGCGAGACGUGAUGGAACACCCGUCAGGCCAGACCACCUCCUUUCUACUGCUCCUCCUCCCUCUCCCCCUCCUCCCUUCUUCUCUCCUGCUCUCUGCUGCUCUCAACUAGUCUGCCAGCUUUCUCUGGCUCCGUCGCUUCAGUGCAACGAGGGAGACAGAAAAAGAGAGAAUUCAGAGCGCUGAUGCCGAGCUCAACACUCACACAGAUGGCAGAGCAAACGGGGAGGACCUGCUGCAUCCAUUCACAUCGAGCACUGGGUUUCACUGAAGAUGGACAUUGCAGCUAAUCUGAGAAAAGAGGGAAGGAAAGAAAGAGAGAGUGAAAGCCAGGGAGGAAAAAGUUAGGAGGUGAAGAAGAAGAGAAUGAACAAAGGAUAGAAAGGUGCAAAAAGCAAAGACUGUUUGAAGGAGAGAUAACCUCUCGUCGAGAGCAAAGGACUUUGGAGGCUGUCAGGCUACAGCUGUGUGUAAUUUAGCUGGGACUCAACUGUGCAUGAGUGCCAGUGUGCGUGUGUGUCGACACAUCUUUGUGUGAGAGACAAGCACAUAACUGUGAAGAAGGAGGGAGAGGCUCCAGCCAGAGACAGAGAGAAAGCGUAGGAGCAUCGCUGAGUGCACAGCUUGACUGUGAGACAAAUUGACUCUGACACACUGUCUUCCUUCAGUGUGUGUGUGUGUGUGUGUGUGUUUUUACUCCGCUGACAUAGUGGGUGAUCUUUUGCUCGUCAGAGGGUCAUCCCGUUCACACUGACUAGGUCGUGGUGGUCAUUGCGUGGGGGCGGUGAAGGCACAGCAGGAGGUGGUGGACUUGAGACAGUGGCAGGCCUAGGUGUGGGGUCAUGGCCAUGGGGGGGCCGCAUCCCGUCCUCCACUUUGCACCGGGACAGACGCUGGGGCUGGGGGUCUUGGGGCAUGGGUCCGUCCAGAGGAGCCCCCAGACUCUCCGAGCUCAGGCCCUGGCUGAGUGGAGGUGCGGUCGGGGCAGUAGGAGCUGGAGGUAGUACUGGUGGAGGAGGUGUGGCAGAGAAAGGAGGCAAGAUGAGAUGUUCCCGCAGAGUCUGGGUCCUCCUCGGCUCGCUGGCUCUCGUCUUCCUCACCUCACUCUUCUUCUCGGUUUCGCUCCGUGGAGGAGUGGGCUUCAACUACCUGGAGCCCCCUGGAUGGGAGGAGUCGAGGCGAGUUAAGCUGGUGCCCAAUUAUGUGGGCGCACACAGGCUGUCUCCACCUGAUGCCACUCAGCCGAAGACGUGUGCCUGCCCACGCUGCGUCGGAGACCCCGGGGUUUCUGAUUGGUUUGAUGAGAGCUACGACCCGGACAUCUCACCUGUUUGGACUAGAGACAACAUGCAGCUGCCGUCUGAUGUGUACUACUGGUGGGUGAUGUUACAGCCCCAGUUCAAGCCCCACAGUAUCCAGCAGGUGCUCCUGAGGUUGUUUCAGGUGAUUCCAGGAAGGUCGCCGUACGGCUCUUGGGAUCCAGGACGCUGUCUGCGCUGCGCCGUCGUUGGAAACUCUGGAAACCUCAGAGGGGCUGGAUAUGGGGCCGUUAUUGACGAACACAACUACAUCAUGAGGAUAAAUCUGGCCCCCACAGUGGGCUAUGAAGAAGAUGCCGGCAGCCACACGACUCAUCACUUCAUGUACCCGGAGAGCGCCAAGAACCUGGCGGCAAACGUCAGCUUCGUCCUGGUUCCCUUUAAGACUCUGGACCUCGUCUGGAUCACCAGCGCACUGUCCACGGGCCAGAUUCGAUUUACGUACGCUCCAGUGAAGCAGUUCCUCCGUGUAGAUAAAGACAAGGUCCAGAUCUUCAACCCAGCAUUCUUUAAAUACAUCCAUGACCGCUGGACCAAACACCAUGGUCGCUACCCCUCCACUGGCAUGCUGGUGUUAUUCUUCGCCUUGCACGUUUGUGAUGAGGUGAACGUGUUUGGUUUCGGGGCGGAUAGCCGGGGGAACUGGCACCACUACUGGGAGCAAAACCGCUACUCUGGAGAGUUCAGGAAGACCGGCGUCCACGACGCUGACUACGAGGCUCAGAUCAUCCAAAGGCUUGCCAAGGCUGGCAAGAUCACUGUGUUUCCCGGGAAAUAGCCACACACACCAGUAUAUCCAACGCUCCAAAACUGGUACAGCCACAGACACUAUAUAGGCUGUGUGUACGAUGUGUUUGCAGUCUCGCUUUUACUUACCUGCACCAGUUUGCUUGCAGAAGGCGAGAGAAAGUAAUCACUAAACGGUGACAAAACAGGUUAUUCUAUUCAUUUCCCCUCAUCUUUGGGAAGAAGGCCACCAGUCGAGGCUUUGAUUGGAGAUUAUGGUGCGGACUCAACCUGGAACCAGGACCUUGGAGUGAGAAGAUCCAAACAUAAAUCUGCUUACUCAAAUUUAAAGCAGCCUCAAAACUGACCUGAACGUCAGGGUUGAGCCAUAAACUUGACAAAGAAUAAAUAACAUCUGUUUUAAGGAUUACCUUUUAAAAGCUAGUGAAGACUGAAGGAUGAGGUGAGACUGCUGGACUGAAGGAAAACCAGACUGAUCACUAGAAAUAUGGCAAAGAGAAAUCAAGGAAUGAAAGACAUCAGAUGCAAAUGUGACAAAGACAAUAACGUUACGUAUCGUAGAGGCCUUGGAAACAGAAAAAUCCUACGUAUAAACGUGUCCCCUUUCUAAGCUGUGGAUGUUAGCACUACACUGGAGAGAAGUUGGCACCACAGAUACUAAUUGUGGUGCUUUCAGAAGCCGAUGUACUGGUGAACAUUUUCAAACUGGAGAACUGAAUUCCCAUCUCUUACGGGACCCCGGGCUAUGACUCCCUUGAGAAAAAUGUGUUCCUCUUAAACCCUGUACGAGGCAAGAAGCUCACUUUGCCACUUUUCACUGUCAUUACUUCACUUCAUGUGAGCUCUCCCUCAGAAGACAGUGUUACAGGGACCUUGUCUGACUGUGAUGGGUAGGUUUUAAGACAGAAGGUGAUUGCUGCAAGUUUAUAUCAUAUGGCUCUCCUCUAAACUGUUCCCCUAGGUCUCCACCACAGCUACGCAGGGCUUUGUCACCUUGCAGCAGACUCACAGACACAUGAUGAAGACUUUUGCCUUUUGGCCAGUCUGACUCAGAAAGAUCACUGCAGCACGAGCUUCAGUCUCCGUAGAGAGGGAUGAUUUAAAAUAGCAGAGCGACCACAGGCCCCUCUACUGUUUUUGUUCACAUCCAGACACGGGAAGAAGUGUUCAUGGGGAGUGCCGGUCUAACUGCAUCAAACUCUAAUGAGGCCAAGAGUCCAUCUCCUGGGAUUUCAUGUUUGGAUGGAGGCAUGCUGGUUUCUGAACCAGAGUUUAAUCCCCAUGAGGUCUGUCAGAGUCUAUUUUGGGAGGGGAGAAAUGGAGACCGAGAGUUUGGGUAUGAAGAACCAGUCUAAUGAAGCCAGUAUAAGGACCACACACAUUUGUUCCUGUGUUUAAUGAGAAAGUGAAAAGAUGUUUGUCCACAGUUGCUGGUGUUCCGUUAACACAAACUGAUCUAGGUUUACCACUUUGGUUUCGGGAAGGACUGAAGUCUAGAGAGAGCAUGCUCUGCUUCUUUUCCCUCUCACAGACCUAAAACUCCAGCGUGACUCCUGGAUCCCAGCGGAGUCAGAGACUGUCGGGAGCAUUUGGCUCCAGAUUAAGGCUCAUAUGAUGGGGUGUGAGGAAAUCCCAUCGGAUCUUGGAAUUCUUCUACCUGUCAGCAGAUCAGCUUCAUUAACCAAUUGCCCCGGUACCUGCUCAGCCAAUUAAAACUUCAGCUUAGUCUGGAAGGGACGGAGCCACCAGACGCCUUAGACUACACCUCUGCAUUGCAUUAUCUGCACUUCCUGUUCUGAUUUACUCUCAUGAUGUAGAUCUGAUGUAGACAUAUCCCCUUGCAGACUGCAGUGGUUUUCUUCUUUGUGUACUUUGUGAGUUUGCUUUUUGUCUGGAUCUAUACUUUUCGCUCACAUUAGAUUAUCUUUUUCACCCAGGUGCCACAUCCAUUCUUUUUUAUCACAAGUUUAUAUCAUCAAAUAAUCCCCAUUUACCCAUCUAUAGCCUCCAAACAAAUAUCAGUGAUGGGAGUGGUACAAGGGUGUAUCUACAGAACAGAAACAUCAGCGGAAAAGUGUUCAGCAGAGACACAGGAAAAUAAAAGGAAUCACACCACACAUGUAUUUAUCAGGCAGCAGCUGGCGUCUCAUUAAGAGUGCUCAUGGUUCCUACGCAGGUCAAGAGAGCAUGCUCAACGUACAAGUCAUACUCAACAUAAAGACCCUUCUAACGUAGUGAACACAGUAAAUAGAUAUAGUUAAAUAAGCUACAUAACAAACUUAAAGGGGCCCUGCACAGUUUAUGACCACUAGUACUGCUAAAGAGCAAUGUUUUUAUGCAUGGGCAAUUGUUUUGUUGGCUAUGAAAUAUGCACAAGAAGACUCUUAUUUAUACAAACACAUAACUCACUCCUGCUGAUGGUUUCAUUAGCAGGAGCAAAGAGCGACAGCGAACCACAGACAAAGGUAGGGAAGAAGUCAAAUAACAAAUGUAAGAUAUUUAGAUACUGCAUGUAAACAGCACAGUAUUCACAUUAAACAGUAUUGGAUGUAGAAAACAAUACGUAGCUGUUAUUUAUGAAGUGUACACUUAAUAUUUCGGCUUCUCCAGGACUAUGUAGUUGUAGUCUGAGAGUGCAUUUACAACAGAUUGUGUGUUUGUCUUUCCAAAGAUAAAGUGUUUCCUCAGUGGCGUAGUCGGGCUGUUUGAGGGGUAGGGGCAAAAAAAAAAAUAAAAAUAGGGCACCUCCUUUCAAACCCUGUACUCACAGUUUAGAGUGAAACAUUUUAGCAUCUAACACUUAAUUCCUGCAUUCUGGUGAAUAUUUAUGCGACCAAUUGUGGAGGGAAUUGAAUCAUGAAAAAAGGAAAGAUACAAUACUAUUUAUUUCUAUAUUAUUGAUUAUAUUACAAAAUUAAUAUAACACACCAUAAUUAACUACAAGGGCAUACAGAGAGCACUUUUUAAACAUUUUAUAGAUGUGAGGGGCAGCCAGAGGAGACUUUUUCAUGCAUUGUCCACUGAGAGAGCACCUGAGAAAGCAAUUUUUAGUAGACCACUGUGUUUCUAGCUUAAUGUGACACAGCUUAAAGUGAACAGUCAAAAACCAAGAAGCAAAUACAGAAAUCUCUGUAUUACAGUCACCAAAUAGUUCCAGGACCUGUAGUGCUCCUUUAUAACUGAGAAAACUGUUAAAGCUAAAGUUUGACCGGAAAUUCUCCAGUGUUUGUUUUUAUCCGGAGGAGGCUGUGUAUAGUUUUAGUGAGUCAUCAAGUGCUAUAGGCUGAGGAAAUCAAAUCCAGCACCUCGGAUGUGUGCUAUUGAAGCUGCGUAGGAACCAUGAGAGCCAGGCGCUGUAGCAGAUGGAACUGUAUUGUGAAGUAAUAAUUGUGUGUGUUAGAAGUUGAGGGAUUUUACCACAUGGUAUCCUAAAGUUCAUUGUCAUGAAGCAUUUAUUUUUAAAUGUUGUUUAGUGAUUGCUCUGACUGAGAAAGGCUCAAGAAAACACACAUUCAAGAAGUUGGGGUGUUGUACUGCCCCCUGCAGAGGAUGUGAAGAACUGUGCCUCCUAAAUUCUUAUCAGAUUUUAAUGUUUUAUUUUUUAUCUGUGGAUGAUUUGAUUUAACCACUCUGGACUCUCAUGUGUUGCCACUUUUUAUUUUCUGCUUCUUUUUUUUUUGUCGGUCUGUGCACAUAACAAGUUUGAUAUGAUGCUUUAGUGUUGAGCUGGCCUCAUUUCAGGGCAAAUGCAGCUGAAUUUGGACAUAUUGUUUUCUCUCUCUCUCUCUGUCUUUGUCACACACAAACAUACACACGCACACACACCAAACAUACAUACACACACACAUCAUCAUGCUUUCGUGCCUUGUCCUGCUGCUGCUGGACGUCUCUCGCCUACAGCUGCUCCAUCGAAAACACACACCUGCCACCUUUGCAUAUUUUUAGCCACACACACACACACAGAUACACAUUUCUUCUGGCUGAGAGCUGUGCCUUCUGAGCUACACACACACAAACACUAACACACACACACACACACAGACACACUCACUCUCCUACAUAAAGCACACACUCUGCCUUCUGCUCGGGGGUACGGACGCCUCCCGCUCUUCACUUCUUACUGCUUUGUACACUGUCAUUGUUUUCUAAAGAUGGCUGUAGGCUAAAGGAGAAGAUGUUAACUUGUGAUGCAGAGUGACUUGCUGUGGAUUCAUAUUAGGACAUUUGCUAUUUUACUGAGCAUGUAUAGUUUUAAGCCAUUUAUGCUUUUUUCUAGAUAACGCAUAGUGACGAAUUGCAGGAAAGAUGGCAGACAGAGAGGGUCAGCUGCUGGAUUUAGGUCCACAGAGUUGCAGGUACCUGUCCAGCAACUGUGACUGUAGAAUAACAGAAAUUGCGUAUUAAAAUGCAUCUCAGACAUAUCAGUUUACUGCUGCUAACAUGGUGUAUUGUUUUCUUGAAGUGGUCAGUGGCUUGUAUUAUUCACGUCUAUUUCCCAGGAUGCUCCCUACAGCUUCAAAAUGAAUGUGUGAAUUGUAUUUCCAGGCCCUCUGGCAGGAUAAUAACACAUUUCCAUUCUGCCCAUUCUGCCCAUGCAGCCUGCAGUGUGUUGAAAGAGUUGACUGUGCCGCCAAAGAAGUGCGACCCUGUUCCAGCAUUCAAACUGUUAUCAGCUCCUGAAAUAUCUCGCAGCUGUAGACCAGAACAUUGUGAUCAGACAAGGGAGGAAGCGGGGUGAUCCCUCUCAGUGUGUUCACCUAAAUUCAUUGUUUUUUUUCUCUUUUUGCUGUGCACAACACAGAUAUGAGUGUGUCCCCUUGAGCUUUUCUGACCUAAAGUAGGUCUUCUCUCCUGUUUUUGACCCAAUACAUCCCUUGCUUUGUCAUCGAGAGGUGGAUCUUUUCAAUUAAUGAUAGAAACAGAAGUUGUCAGGUCACUAUUUGCCUUAGGUUUUGUCUGGAACAUUUUCAAAGAAACAAAGAACUGCAUUGGUUGAGAGCAUUUUGGGAAAUGUCCUUGAUUGUGAUUUGUGUAGGUGUUCUCAGCUGAAUUUGUUUCAGUCCUGUUAUAGUGGCAGCAACAAAUCAAAAGAGGAUAGCUUGGAUACUAAGAUUUCUGUGGCUAUUAGGAUGCAGUUUUCCUUUAUCAUUAUUGUUUUUCAUUUGAAUUCCUGGCCAGACCCAAGCCUCCCUGCCCUGAUCUAAAUAUGUAUUCACAGUUAGUAGGACAGGGCUAAAUUCACAGAGAUAAUUUUACAUCUUUUUUCACAUGUUAUCCAUUAAGGUACAUUUCUACAAAACAGACAGUCUGGAGAUUUGUUAUUGUGCCAUUUAUAAGCAGGAGAGGCACAUGGAGUUCAACACAUUAACCAUUUUCUACGAGAGAAACACUUUAAGCUUAUAACAUUUCACUUUUUUAUUCAUAGCACGAGAGAGGGACUGAAAGGGAACUGAAACACGUUUAGCUCAGCUCAAACGUCGGUGUGUAGCCUACUCUUUUCGUUAAUAUUGUUGUUUGCUGAGAGCAAGGUUGAUAGAUUCAAAGCGUUCAUACACAAAUAUGGCUGCGUAUUCGAUACAAGGCAGUUAGCAGGUAGUUUGCAUAUCUUAAAACAAUGAGACAAAUAACACAUAAUCUAAAACACACGCAUAUGUGUGUUUGUGUGUGUGAACGGCACAAACAAGUUUCACAUUGUGACUGCAAAGUUUUAGCGUCCUUAGCACAAAGCUGUUGUUGGUAGUCGUGAUAUAAACAUCAGUUCUGAGAGAGAUUUCGAAUUUCAACACUACACCUCCCCUCUCUGCUGUUGUAGCCCCACCCACAAAAGAUUGUUGCGCACGUUCUAUGAGGAAGUAGUGGCUUCCCGUAGUGGGGCCGCCACUCAACCAAUCAGGACAGAGGGUCGGGGAGUAGCUUUGAUUGGUCCGUGAUAACGGGAACGAGGGGAAUCAUAACAUUGCUUGAUACAAAGGCAUUGGAAAACAGAGAUUUUGCCAAAUCACAAAUUACUUCACUUACAGAUGAGUCUCGAUGGGCAUUAUGACCUUUUCUCCAAACCCAGCAGAAAAAAAGUAAUGUUUUUACACCAUUCCUACCAACAGCAGCUUUAACUCCCCAUUAACUAAGCUAGCUGUUUUACGUCAAGCUAAGCUAACGGUCUCAUUGCUGUAGCUUGAUUUUUAGCUUAGAUAAAUGACAACAGUGUCAUUAUCAUCAAUAUCACAAACAAACAAACAAAUAACAUUGAAGUUAAUUGGUUCAAAAUAAACAGUUUUUCCUUGCUGCAGUACUUGAGGUUUGAAUACUCUAAAAUAUUGAUAGACUAAAUGAGCUGAGUCAUCACAGUAAUGAAUAAUGAUGAAUUUAAUCCAUGCUGCAUCUCCUGCUGUGAAGAAAACCCUGUCUGAGAGGAAGAAAUCUCAGCUCUUGUGGCUUGAAAUAAACAGCUCCUAUCUCAAACUGCUUUUCUUGUUGCUAUGGUUGCUUAAGGUGUCUGUUAACUUUCCAUCCUUGCUACAGAAAACUUUCCUCUGAACGACAGAGCAGCAGACUGUUAGAGAAAGAGCUUUAAGGAACAAACAUCCUGAUCAGAACACAGCUGGUUCAGGAUGUUGUCACACUAGUGGUGGUGACUGUUGCUGGGCUGCUGUAGUGAGGCAGGCAGGGAUGUGGACAGAUCUUUACUCAUCAGUGCACUGGUCUGCAUUGAACAGACACGUCUCUUGUCAGUGAGCUGAAAAAGCACAUAUAUGACUGUCUCUGUGGAUUGCCACUCGUACCUCUGUCAGCUAUUGUGCCAGAACUCUGCAAACAAGUAGAAUUAAACAUUGGAGUACCUAUACUAUGCCAUAGCAAUAGACAAAUGGUGGCUAUUAGAAAGAGUUUAGUGGGUAAGUGUGUGGAUGGUUUCCUGCUGUAUGGAUCUGUCACCAUCUACUCCUGGCUUUAUUGUCUCACUCUUCAGUAGGACUACUUUUUGGUGGAAGGUAGUUCACGUGUAUCUACUACAUUAAAACAUCUGUAUGAUAUGUGAUCAACUCUUUGUAUCUAAUGCUAUUGUUCAAAUAAAAGCUUCAUGAAACAACAA